CAUAACAGUUACCUCCUUCUGCACUCACUCAGGUCCACAGCCGGGCUGAAACCAACCCGUAUCAGGCUUUACCAGACAGCACAGCGUCAAAAUGUCAGAGAAGCUUCCAUUCAAAGUUGCCGAUAUCAGCCUGGCUGAGUGGGGACGUAAAGCCAUUGAGAUCGCUGAGAAUGAGAUGCCGGGUCUGAUGAAGAUGAGGGAGCUCUACGGCCAGAGCAAACCUCUGAAAGGCGCUCGUAUCGCCGGCUGUCUGCACAUGACUCUACAGACCGCUGUGCUCAUCGAGACCUUGACCACUCUCGGUGCUGAGGUCCAGUGGUCCAGCUGUAACAUCUUCUCCACCCAGGAUCACGCCGCCUCAGCCAUCGCCAAAACCGGCGUUCCAGUGUAUGCCUGGAAGGGAGAGACUGAUGAAGAGUAUGUGUGGUGCAUCGAGCAGACCAUCUACUUCAAGGACGGUCAGCCUCUCAACAUGAUCCUGGACGACGGUGGAGACCUGACCAACCUCGUGCACCAGAAGUACCCCAAACUGCUCGCAGGAAUCAAGGGCAUCUCUGAGGAAACAACCACAGGAGUUCACAACCUCUACAAGAUGCUGAAGAGCGGAGAGCUGAAGGUUCCUGCCAUCAAUGUCAAUGACUCUGUGACAAAGAGUAAGUUUGAUAACCUUUACGGCUGCCGUGAGUCUCUGAUUGACGGGAUCAAGAGGGCCACAGACGUGAUGAUCGCCGGGAAGGUGGCAGUAGUGGCGGGAUACGGAGACGUUGGAAAAGGCUGCGUUCAGGCGCUUAGAGGCUUCGGCGCUCGAGUCAUCGUCACUGAGAUUGAUCCCAUCAACGCUCUGCAGGCUGCUAUGGAGGGCUAUGAAGUGACCACCAUGGACGAGGCCUGUAAAGAAGGAAACAUCUUUGUGACGACCACUGGCUGCGAGGACAUUCUGCUUGGCAGACACUUUGAGCAAAUGAAGGAUGACUCCAUUGUCUGUAACAUUGGCCAUUUUGACUGUGAGAUCGACAUGAAGUGGCUUAAUGAACACGCAGCAAAGAAAAUCAACAUCAAACCUCAGGUUGACCGUUACCGCAUGAAAAAUGGCCGUCACAUCAUUGUUUUGGCCGAGGGGCGUCUGGUGAACCUUGGCUGUGCCAUGGGCCAUCCCAGCUUCGUGAUGAGCAACUCCUUCACCAACCAGGUCCUUGCUCAGAUCGAGCUGUGGAAAAACACCAGCAAAUACCCACUGGGGGUUUACUUUCUGCCAAAGAAGCUGGACGAGGAGGUUGCUGCCGCACACUUGGACAAGCUCGGCGUCAAACUGACCAAACUGACAGAGAAGCAAGCCAAAUACUUGGGUCUGCCCUCCGAAGGUCCCUUCAAACCGGACCACUACCGCUACUGAGUAGCUUUGAGUGACGGCAGCUUCAGCUGUGGAUCAGGACGGACUGCACCAUCAUGGGCUAUCGUGCCAGUUACUUGUACAGCUCUAGUGUUGCUUCAAUCGUGUGUCUCUCACUGUCAUCGAGUGCCUGCGAGCUUCACCAACGCCUUUUAUUGCAUUGAUAUCAAGAGCAGUGUUAAUCUGUGAGCACAUGCUCUCAUUCGCAUUCCCUGUUUUACAAAACGGUUAUGUUAAAACACAAAAUUCUUCCAUUUGCUCGGUUAUUUCAGUCCCGCUCUGUAAAUUAAUUACUGUUUCGGCUCUUCCACGUCUUAUUCUGAAGUGAUUCCAGUUUGUCAGGUAACUAAAUGCAGAUCAUUGGCCCUGCAUAUCUUUUGUAAAUCCAUGAGAAGUUAAUGGACAUAAAGAAAGUGUGGUUUUUCUCUGUUAGCAGGUUGUGAGUCUGAGUGGGUCUGGGUAGCUUGUCCUGUUUUAUUACAUCCACUUAUGAAGACCUGAUGAAAUAAAUGUGGUAUUUGACUGUAA